CAAAAAAGAUUAUUCUUAGCACACAUUAGAAGAUUAUAGAGCCCUAUGAAAUCAGUUUGAGUUCCUUCAAAAUUCCUUCUUUUUUUUUUCAUGAAAUUUCUUCCCAAAUUCCAGACUCAUAUUCAACGCAAUGUUUGCUUGUUUGCUUGUAUGCUUCACAAUAAAUAGUUGUACUUUCUUAGCUUUUCUAAGGGGAUAGCAGACUCUGCGCACACAGCCACAAAGUUCUGAAUAAGUCCUUGUCUUGAAUCUGCGGAUGUCCUUGUACUAGUAUUGGUCCCUGGAGGAGGCAUGCUCUGGCUAACCCAGUGCUUUUCCUUGUUCAAAUGGGCUUUAGACUUCAAGUGGUCAUCACAGCUAUUUUUACAGGUCCUGUCAAAAGUAUUUUGACAGAAUUUGCAUUUCUUUGUUUAUCCCCGGACGGUCUUUGUAUUCUGGAACCACCUCAUUUACAAAUCACACCUAUCCCAAUAAAAAUCACGAAAACCCCCUUUUCAUGUAUGAUGCCUGAAAUAGGCUGUCUUCGGGCGGAUGCACUUGCAAAUGGGAGCCUGUUUGAAUGAAGGCAAAUCGGUCACUGAUAGUAAAUAAGUAAAUACGUUAGAAAUUUCAGAAGGGCUCUGCUGGUAAGUAUCAUCUUCAAGUUGGAGAGGCAACGUUUUUCUGUCUGUACUCGUAACCUCCUCAUUGGUUGAGCUCCACAAAAGACAGUAAUGUGAUGUUAUUAAUAUUGUUAGUUAUUGUUAUAUAAAUUAUCUAUUAUUUUUUACUAUAGUCAGAUUAUUGGAUCUUUAUAGGGUGGUGGUAUGUCUAGAGGCUAGUAUCAGCUAUCGUAAUUCACUGAGUAGGUAUUUUGUUUCUACAGAACCAUGGGGUCCAGUCGUCUCAUCUGCAGUUUCAUUGCUGCAUCCCUCAUUAAUGUGCCGCUGAGUUCGGGUGCUGGGAGCUGCGAGCCUCUUGGUUCCCCAGAACUGGCCUCCAUCACGAUUCAGGCGAUGGGGAGGAACGUCACACUAGUGGCGAAGCGGCUGUGCUGGUCAGACGCCCUGUUCUACUGCAGAGACUAUCACUGGGACCUGCUGAGCAUCAGGGGCCCCGAGGACCAGGAGAUGGUUGAUGAGCUGGUGGCUAGCGCCCCCUUCCCGCUAACUCGACCACUCUGGGUGGGCCUGCGCAGGUCAAUUCGAGGAAGCUCCUGGUUUUGGAUGUCCGGUGACCCAAUGGACUACACCCAGUGGGACACAGCCUCACAUCAUUCCAGCCCCUGUGGGGGCGUGUCCAGUGUGGAACCUUCCACAUGGAGGCAAGGCUCUUGCGAAGAACAUCUUAACUUCAUCUGUUUUACAGGUCCGACAGAAGUAGUGAAAAGGUACUUCUCUAGUUCCACAAGGGGGAAACCAACUUGUAAAAACUAGGUUUGUGUCACUGGGAAUGCAUCUACUGAAUCACAAGUAGUCCUAAAUCGUGAAGUUUCUGAAUGCUAUGGCUCAGAGCUUGUCUCUGGUAGCUAGCUAGUUCUUAAUUUUGUCCUAAUGGGCAUAGUUCUCAAACUCACGAAAGAUGUCUAUCCUUGGUAUUAGUGCUGUAAUAGCUUAAACAUGUAAAAAAGUUAGGUAUAUAAUCCAUGAACAACAUUAUAAGCAGGAUUAGUUGUGUCAUUGCAUUUGUCCUUUGAUGCGAAUUGUGG